AUGAGGUUGGGUUUAAAAAUUUCUAUUCAAUAUUUGUUUUUUUUCUUGUUAUUUUCAAUCAUCUAAUGAAAUAGCAUUAUUAUAUAAUUUUUUACUAAUUAGUAGAUUUUUAUAAUAGGAAUACUCCAAUCUACCUGUUAUUGAGGCUGGAUUGGUUUCUCGUCAGCGUAGUGCCAAACCAGGAGUUCAUACUAAAGAUCCAUUUCCAGAUGAGUUUGCUUUUGCUAAGAAGACUACUUUGUCCAAAUCCAAUCCAGUAAUUAUAACUAUCAAAGGAUUGUAUCCUUUUUCUUCUGACUUGGAGCAUACUCCUCAUUUUUCUGAGCAAUUGGCUUUUGACCAAUGGUUUCGUUUUGGAUUUAAACAAAAUAAUAGGUAGUGCCAAACAACAUUAUUAAUUUACAUAAUCAUUUGAAUGGUUAUUUUUAAAUAUAAUUUUUGACGAACGCAGGAAGAAGUUGUUUCUAGACGAGAGAAUAAACCCUCCUCUCCAUUUCGGUGUUGGUGACAUGGAUAACAAACAAUGGUUUUAUGAUCUGUUGACUCCAGGAAGAAAUCUAGAUAUAAUGCACAUAAACAUCGCAUUUUACUACCUGAGGAAGCAAAUUAGAUACGACGAGAGUAUUAGUAUUUCAGCAACAACAACAGAUUCUUUUUUUGGUCAGCGGAUCAACUCAUUAUAUAAAAAAUAUGUGAAUUCUGGAAAGAAUGCAGCAGCAAUACCGGACAAUAAUGCAAUAAGUGAGUAUAUUGAUGGGUUGCACUUGCAUUGUAAUGUUCGAUGGAAUACAGUUGAUUUUAUUUUGAUGCCUGUGCUCAUUGAGGAUUUGACACAUUGGGUUUUAUGCAUAUUUAAUAUUCAUAAGCGAUGUCUUGAGGUGUACAACUCUAUAGUGGGAACAAAUGCAUCUCUGAGGAAAGUAUCGAAAGCGAUGAGACCCUAUGCAGUAUUGUUGCCUAUAUUACUUGCUAGGAUUGAAUUUUUUGCUAGUAGAAUGGAUAUUUUUCCUAAUGCUCAUGAGUUUGCGAACAAGAAAGAAACAGAUCCUCUUGAAGUUUUCAUGGUGCUUGACCUUCCAGAACAAACUGAUAGUGACUGUGGGAUUUUCAUCAUCAAAUUCGCUGAGUAUUUUUUGCGAGGUGAAAUUAAAAAGUUGCCUAAUCCGAUGCCGGUGGAUGUGUUUCGCAAUAAAAUUUGUGUUGAGUUGUAUGUCUACGCAAAAAAGAAACAAGUUGAAGGCUACCUUUCUGAAUCUGAAUUUCCUGGCAGAUAUGAGAGAUCAAAGGUUGUUGACAAUAAAAUAGCUAUUGAUAUUUGAAUGCUACCUUUCUGUAUCUGAAUUUCCUAGCAGAUAUGACAGAUCAAGGGCUAUUGACAAUAAAACAGCAAUUCUUAGUUAAACAUAUUUUAUUUUAUG